AUGUCCGUCCUCGUCGGCGAGCUCGCAGCGCUGCUCGGCUGCGCCCUCACGGCCACUUACACGCUCUGGUCCGCCCUCGAGCGCAUCGCCCUCGUCGCCACGAACCAGCACCUCCUCCCGCCCGCGUAUUCUCGCCACGCCUCCCUCGGCCUCGCCCUCCUACUGCUGCCCGUCCUCCUCGUCCUCCGCAAGAGGCACCACUACCUCCACGGCACGCGCGUCCACAGCGGCUGCCAGCCCGCCGCCGUCUAUCCUCACCUCGACCCCGUCCUCGGCCUCGACUUCUUGCGCAUCUCCGUCAAGGCCCUCAAGGAGUACCGCCUGCUCGCCCUCUGGGACGACGUCCUCACCGCCCGCAACGGCACCUUCUGGUACAACGCCCUCGGCAGUUGGAUGCUCAUCACCUCGGAGCCGGACAACGUCAAGGCCCUGCUGUCGACGCGCUUCGACGACUGGCCGAUGAAGUCGCUGCGCCAGCGGGUCAGCGUCCUGGCGCUCGGCCCGCACAGCAUCUUCGCCGUCAACGGCGCCGAGUGGCAUCGCGCGCGGGCGCUGAUCCGCCCCAGCUUCGUGCGCAACCAGAUCGCCGACCUCGAGUGUACCGACAGGCACGUCGACAACUUCCUGGCGAGGCUGCCGCGGGACGGAGCCCGGUUUGACGUCGACAGGCUGCUGUAUCACUUUACCAUGGACGUGUCCACCGAUUUCAUGUUCGGAUACUCAACCUCCCUCCUCACCUCCCCCACAAAGGAAGCCCUCGACUUCAUGACGGCCUUCGACUACCUCCUCACGACGUCCACCAACCGCGCCCGCCUCGGCUGGCUCGCCCUCCUGCGCCCGGACCGGCGCUUCGACGAGUACGUCCAGACGACGCAGCGCUUCGUCGACCGCCACGUCGCCCAGGCGCUCGCCCAGGAAAAGGAAAAGGAGAGGCCGUACGUCUUUUUUAACGAAAUCAUCAAGUCGGGCGCCUCGCACCGCCAGGUCAGGGACCAGCUGUUCUCGCUCAUCCUGGGCGGGCGCGACACCAGCGCCAGCACCAUGGCGUCGCUGUUCUGGGUCCUGGCGAGGAGGCCCGACGUGUGGAGCAGGCUGAGGCGGGAGGUUGCCCUGCUGGAGGGCCGCAAGCCGACGUGGGAGGAGCUGAAGAAUCUCAAGUAUCUCAACAUGGUCCUGAAAGAGACCCUCCGCCUGUACGCCCCCGUGGCGAGCAACAUGCGCACCGCCGAACGAGACACCAUCCUCCCCAAGGGCGGCGGCCCCGACGGCCAGAGCCCGCUCUUCGUCCCCAGGGGCACCGACUGCCGCUACUCGACCUACAGCCUGCACCGCCGCAAGGACGUCUGGGGCCCGGACGCCGACGAGUUUCGGCCCGAGCGGUGGGAGACGCAUAGACCGGGGUGGGAGUACAUCCCCUUCAGCGGCGGUCCACGGAUCUGCAUCGGCCAGCAGUUUGCCCUGACGCAGAUGCUCUACCUCGUCGCGAGGGUGCUGCAGACGUUUCGCCAUGUGCGGCCCGGCGACGACGAGCCGCUGAGGCAUCAGGUUGGGUCGACCAUCUCCAUGGUGGGCGGGUGCUGGAUCCAUCUGACUCCCGUAGCAGCGGAGUAA